UGGCUUUGUCACUCAUUCGUUGAACAGUGUGCUGGCGCAGGUCUUCUGCCGUUACUACAUCGAUAAUAAACUAGAAAUACUACAAAUCUGCCCUACAAAAAAAUAAAUAGCUAGCAAUAUGGGAAUGUAUUGUUUUUGAAAAUAUCAAGAACAACCACAUACUACAGGGACCACAUUCUUUAUUAAUCCAUUUGCGUGGUCUAAUCAAGGAGUUGCAAUGAUCCACGCGAAGGAUAUCAUUUUAGCCUUCCUUCUCGUGGGCUCUACAGUUUGUCUGGAAGUGGAGAUCACCCCCACCCAGGGAGAGAUCAGUGUCGGAGAGUCCAAGUUCUUUCUGUGUGAAGUUGUUGGGGUAGCAAAGGAGAUUGACUGGUAUUUUCCGAGCGGGGAGAGGAUAGAGCCCAACAAACCAGAGAUCACCGUAACCCGAAACGACGAGUCCUCGUCCACACUCACGCUCUACAAGGCCGGGGUGGACAGCGCUGGGACCUACAAGUGUCUGGCCACCAACGGAGACCAGUCAGCAGAAGCCACCGUCAACGUCAAGUUCUACCAAAGGAUCACCUUCAAGAAUGCCCCCUCCCCCCAAGAGUUCAAUGAAGGGGACAACGCCAAAAUUGUGUGUGACGUCAUCAGCUCCCCUCCCCCCACCAUCAUCUGGAAACACAAAGGAGCUAAGAUUCAGAUGGAGAAGGAUGUCCGCUUUAAGAUCCUGCCCAACAACCACCUGCAGAUCCGAGGCAUCAAGAAGACAGACGAGGGGUCGUACACCUGCGAGGGCCGCCUCAUGGCCCGGGGAGAGAUCGACCUCAAGAUCAUCAGGGUCAUCGUCAACGUGCUCCCUACCAUCCGGGUGUGGCAGUCUGAGGUGAAUGCCACAGCAGGCGUGGGCCAGUCUGCCAUGUUGACCUGUGCAGCUGAUGGAUACCCAGAGCCAAUGGUGACCUGGGCUAGGGCCGGUGUUCUUCUGGAGUCAGGAGACAAAUACAGCUUUAAUGAGGACGGUUCAGAGAUGACCAUCAUGGAGGUGGCCAAGCUGGAUGAGGGAGAGUACACCUGCAUCGCUAAGAACAAGGCUGGGGAGAGCGAACAGGAACUCAGCCUCAGGGUGUUUGUGAAACCUAAUAUCACCUUCCUGCUGAACCAGAGCACGUCUGAGAUGGAGGAGCAGGUGACUCUGACCUGUGAGGCGUCAGGGGACCCCACCCCCACCAUCAACUGGAGCUUCGGCCUACGCACCUUCACUGAGGGAGAACAGGCACAUCUUAACAGGAUCUAUCAGGCCUCUUGGACUCGGCCCGAGCAACACAAGAGUCUGGAUGGGAACGUCGUAGUGAGGAGUGAUGCUCGUGUGUCCUCCCUCACGCUGAAGUACGCCAAGUUCACCGACGCUGGCCAGUACCUCUGCUCUGCACGCAACGCCAUCGGAGUGGAUUCUCAACCCGCCUACCUGGAAGUCCGCUAUGCCCCUAAGAUCCAGGGCUCAGUGACAGUGUAUACCUGGGAGGGGAAUGCAGCUAACAUCAGCUGUGAGGUCCUGGCCCACCCCAGUGACGUGUCCAUGCUGUGGCUGAGGGACGGGUUUCAGCUUCCCAACGCUAACGUCACUAAAGCCAAGGUUUUCCAGAGCCCCACAGCCAGCUACCUGGAGGUCACCCCAGAGUCUGAGAAUGACUUUGGGAGCUACAACUGUACUGCUUCCAAUGAGAUGGGCACAGAAUCCAAGGAGUUUCUCCUCAUUCAGGCUGAUGUCCCGUCAGCCCCGUCCCUCGGGGGGGUGGAGCCGUUCUCCAGCUCAGCCAGGGUGGCGUUCCAGGAGCCUGACGCCACCGGGGGUGUACCCGUCCUCCGGUACCGGGCUGAAUGGAAGACUGUGGGCAGGGGCAGCUGGGUGCAGAAGGUCUAUGAGGUCCAAGGAGGAACUCUGAGUGAAGUUACCAUCAUAGGCCUGAAGCCUGAGACCAACUAUGAGGUGAAGAUGUUAGCCAUCAACGGCAAGGGAGAGGGUGAAACUAGCCCCGCUCUGGUCUUCAAGACAGAGCCUGUCCGGGAACCUGAACCGCCGAAGCUGGAGGGAACACUUCAAACCAAAGGCAACUCCCUCAAAGUCAACUGGAUCAAGCAGGACGAUGGAGGCUCACCCAUCACACACUACCUAGUCCGCUAUAAACCAAAGCAUCAGACCGACUGGAAGCCAGAGAUCCGGCUGCCCAGUGGCAGUGAGUAUGUGGUUCUGAGCGGACUGGAGUGGAACACAGAGUACGAUGUGUUUGUGGUGGCAGAGAACCAGCAGGGGAAGUCCCAACCUGGAACCUUGACCUUCAGAACCUCUCCAGAACCCGCUGCCAUUCCAGAUAUAGACGGGGAGUCUGCCCUCUCCACGGGCAUCAUGGCAGGGAUCCUCAUCUUGGCCUUCGUCCUGCUGCUCCUGGCUGUGGACGUCACCUGCUACUUCACCAACAAGUGUGGCCUCAUCAUGUGUCUGUGUGGCAAGCCAGGCAGCGGGGCCAAGGGACACAACCUAGAACAGGGCAAGGCUGCAUUCAUAAAGGACGAGUCCAAAGAGCCAAUAGUGGAAGUGAGGACAGAGGAUGAGUGCACAGCCAAUCACAAUGCAGGAGGACCCACAGAACCCAAUGAGACCACACCCCUUACAGAGCCAGAGCUGGCUGCCCUGGUUCUGGACACCCUCUCAUCUGUAGCCACCAUCUCUGACACAGCCAACACAAUCUAUGACCCCGCCCAGGACAGCCCCUCUAGCGAGAGCACCGCACUCACCUGUAGCCUGUCUGCCCCCUCUACUGACCCCCUGUCUACCCCCGUUACUGACCCCCUGCCUGCCGCUGCCCCCGCCCCGGCACCCACCUCAGAGUCCAACACAGCCCCCCCAACCCCCCUCAUCUCCACCUCUGACAUCACAGCAACCCCCCUGUUAGACCUUCUAGAAGACAGCUCUCCUAGAGCAGAGGACAAAAUGUCUGCCACUGCUGUUAGUGCCACAGAUUGCCCUAAAUCUCUUAAAAAGUCCCCUAUUCCAAUACCACCUAGGCGUCGAAACUCUAACAGACCUGCUCCUUCUCCUCCCACUCCCAAGAGCCCCACACCUACCCACUCCACCACCAUGGCCCCCAGGAAAUCUGCCCCAGACAGUCCCUCUCUUGCCCCCUCCACUGCCUCUCCUAUCCAAAACACGAGGAAAGCUGCUCCCACUCCUGCUCCUAUGGCGUUCACUUUCCCAGCCUCUGACACCUCCACCGAUAAACCUGCACCUACUGCCACCAGCACUGUUACCCCUGUCCCUGGUACCCCUACUGUCCUGGGCUCUAGUACACCAGCCCCUGACCCUGACAAACCUGACUCUACUACCAAAGACACUCACACUCCUGCCCAUAAUAUAGACCCCACUACCACUCCCACAUCUGUCCCUAAUAUAGACCCCACUACCACUCCCACAUCUGUCCCUAAUAUCAACCGCACUACCACUCCCACAUCUGUCCCUAAUAUAGACCCCACUACCACUCCCACAUAUGUCCCUAAUAUAGACCCCACUACCACUCCCACAUCUGUCCCUAGUGCUCCUACUACUGCCUUCAAUGCUGAUGUAACUGCUGCUAUCGUUCAUGAGGACACAUCUGCCCUUGUUUUCCCAGACAUUCUCACUCCCACUCCUGCUCCCACAAGUGCCCCCACACCUGCCCCUAAUGCUCACACUGCUCUGAGCUUUGCCACACCUGCUGCCCCCACGGUCACUAUUACACCUGCCUCUACUACCUACGACACCCCAACACCAACCCUGACCCCCCACAUACCCAUCACCACAGAGCCCCAAGCCCCAGAGAUAGAGUUUGAGUUGACCAAUGGGGUGGCGACUAAGAGCCCCUCCCUGCCCCCAGCAGGGUCCACUGGUUAUCAGAGUAGUCCCACUCCCUCCCCUGCCCCUGUCCCUUCCUCCUCCUCCUUCCAGGCUAACGGAGACGGGUUCGGGGCAGACCUCCAGGCCUCAGGCCCUCCUGCUCUGGAGGAGUUAGACAGUCUGGCCAAGGCUGCUCCACUCAACAACGAGAAGAUAUUUGGAGAUGAGAAGAGUAAAGUGGAGGAGGUGAAGACAGCCCUGUCAGAGGUGACCACAGAACACAAAGAUGUCACACAGACAAGCGACAGCAAGGCAUGAUUGGGCAGCCUCAGCCCACACAAGAUGGCGGCGGCAGCAACACUCAUUACAGUCUGCAGCAGUUUUUCUUUCCAGUGCCCUUUCUGCAUUUCCAGAACAACAACAUGUGUCUGUGCAAUAGAGUCCAUUAGAGAACGAUCUGGUUGUGCAAAAGUCAAAUAUUCUCACGUAUGAUUUGUUUUGCUACACCCAUUGAACACUAAAGAAAACAAUUUGAGUGAUCUCAAGUGGUAUAGGAAACAACAUUUCUCAGAGUUAUAAUUGUUUGCAGUGCGGUUGCAGAUAAACAAUGGAUUAUUCAGGAACAUAACACUGAGUGUACAAAACCUUAGGAACACCUUUCUGAUAUUGAGUUGCACCCCGCUUUGCCAUCAGAACAGCCUCAGCUCUUCAUGGACUCUACAAGGUGUCGAAAGAAUUCCACAGGGAUGCUGGCCCAUGUUGACUCCAAUGCUUCUUACGGUUGUGUCAAGUUGGCUGGAUGUCCUUUGGGUGGUGUGCCAUUCUUAAUACACACGGGAAGCUGUUGAGUGUGAAAAACCCAGCAACGUUGCAGUUCUUGACACACUCAAAUCAGUGUGCCUGGUAAAUACUAUCAUACCCCAUUCAAAUGCACUUCAAUAUUUUGUCCUCCGCAGUCACCCUCCAAAUAGCACACAAACACAAUCCAUGUCUCAAUUGUCUCAAGAUUUAAAAAUCCUUCUUUAACCUGUCUCCUCACCUUCAUCUACACUGAUUGAAGUGGAUUUAACAGAUGACGUCAAUAAUAGCCUUAACCAGGAUUCACCUGGUCGGUCUGUCAUGGAAAGAGCAGGUGUUUCUAAUGUGUUGUACACUCAAUGUAUAAUAUAUAUAUAUAUAUGAAGAGAUUGACUAUAUAGACAUUACUUUAUUAUUAUUUCCAUGUUACAUUGUUCAAAUGUUUGAGGGCUAGUCUCAUCGAAUAGUCUCAUCGAAUAGUUUGUUUGCAUGUCUGAUUUGCAAAUGGUUCUUAAUGUUUUGUUUGACACAUUUGACUGUUUUACUCUUUAUGUCUGUAUUAGGGUGGGUUAUCAUACAGAUUGUUUUCAUGUUUCAAACAGAAGUUAAUUGACGGAGACUGACCUGCAGCAGCCCACAGUGCUGGGAAUGCUCUGGUUUCAGAGAAACCGUGUAUCAGGAGUUAUCAUAUGAGAUGUCUUCAACUCACUGUACCUGGGGGUUCAUAAAAUGAAUACUAAAUUGUGCUAAAUGGAGAAGUGCAUAUUGAGCAGCUAAUAUUGUACCGGUAUUCACAAUGGAACACAAGAUAGAACAAAGUGCAACAGAUCCAAUGGUUCUCACAGAGAAAGGUUGUAGAGAAGAACUUUAAGUGAUCUAAGUGAAUGUCUCAUCAUGACCCAAGCUUCACCACUUCCGUGUUUUAACAUCAACUAUGAUGAGUAUCUUAUCAUAUUCACAAGAAAACAAAAUCAAAUGCCUGACUUUUAUUGUUUAAAAUCGUGUUUUUGAAGCAAAAAUCUUUAAAAGCAUUUUUGUACUCUCUAAAUGGAAACGUUUCUUUUCCACUCCUGACUGCGAGCUUGUGCACUGUGACUGUGUCAGUGGAUUGUCUUGUCGUCACUUUCAAUAAUAUCUACAUAGCUUUGUCAUGAAAGGUUUAUCUAUAUAUUCUUUUUAAAAUGGUAUCUAUGAAAACAGUACAGCAAAUGACUUAAUAUGGUCAUUGUGACACAUACAGUAUAUAUACAGUUGUUGAUCUCUCCCCGUCGCACAGCGGUCUACUGUGGCCUGUAACACAGCCUGGGGAGAUAUGUUGAGUUUUUGGCAUGAUGAAUUCAAACUGUACUUUAUAAAAUAUGUGUAACAGAAACCCAAAUAGACAUACCUAUAUUUAUUUAGGCAAUGUAAGUUUCAUAUUGAGUUAUGAGAGGAAGUUAUCAGAAUGAGGUCUGUUCAGGCCUAUAAAACGCUUUAUUUUAGUCCCCAGUUGUUGUUCAAGUGUUCUGUAAUGUUGUCUUUGAAUUUAUUUUGUUUUUGUACAAUAGCAGGCAUCAUGAGCUUGUUGCCUGUUGACUUUAUAAUGCCAGAGACAGAGGGCAGGUUGGUAAUCUGACAACAGAAGAAAACAACACUCCAAAAUGUUAAUAUGUUGUACUGCCACUUUCAUGUAAACAAUCAUUCCCCACAGUAUUUCAGUGGCAUAGAACAGUCAUGCCAGAACCUGUACAAUACAACCCUCUGCUGUUGUCAUCCUCCCACCCUGUCCCUUGUCUCUGGAGCCUCUUGUUCUUAUUGGGUCAAACCCAGUGGAGCGUUCUGCUCUCAGCGGUGUACAGUCUGAAUACUAACCCAUUUACAAAAUAAAACAAGGUUCUGGAACCUCA